UCAGCGCCAUGCAGUGUCGUAUUGACUUUUCUUACACGUCAAUAUUUUACUUUCCUAAUCAAACGGCUAAUAUAUGAAGGGAUUUAAACGUUUAAACACGGCUUUUGAUUGUCAUUUUGUUCAGAUAAACAACUCGUUGUCAAGCUUAUUGACCCGUAAACUUAAGGUUAACUGACGCACAAUUAAACUACGCUUGGUACGUAAACACAGGAAGAGAGGCAUAUAUAACCAUUUGAAACGAUAAACAUCAAAAUGAGUGUGUCAGGACCUGAUAUUGGUUUCACAGACUUUACAGAUCUCGGUAAGGGUUACAGAGGAUAUGCCCAUCAACUAACGUCAUUAUUUAACGAAUGUGAUUUUGGCAUAAUGGACACACAUCGUCAUACUAUUGGCUUCAAAGAAGCAUCUAGAAGACUUAGGAAGCAAAUGAUGGAGUCUUUUGAAUAUAUAGAAAUUCAAACAGGUAGAUUGGUAAAAGAAUUUAAUAUUGGUAAAACACAUGUUUACUCUCAGUAUACAAUUGAUUUCAAUCCAACACAGCCGUCAACUUGGGCCACCUAUGGAGGUUUACCUGUUAGUUGGGAAAAUUAUAAAAAGAAAAGAUUUGACGGAAUGAUUGCGUUAAGUUGUGUAAUAAAGGAUAUUAUUCCCCAAGUUAUUCGCGACACCAACAAAGCCUUAGAAAUGAAUCAUCAUAGCUAUGCAGCUGGAUUAGCACAGUCCUUGGUACAGUAUUACCUUCUACAAAAUCCUGAUGAUAGGUUACGCAGUGUAACUGUUGAGGAUCUGGGAAACAAGACUGGGAAAGAUGAACUUGGUUCCCCAGCUAGUGUAAUAUAUGUAGCGUAUAAACUAGAACCUAAGACGACCAAUUCGUUUCAGGAGUUACAAAUUAAAGAUGAACCUGAUGAUUUCAUAGUUAAUCAGUCAGCUAUAGAUCUAUUAGAGACAAAACUGUCAGGUGAAGGAUUAUACUUCCGUGGUGAGAUAUCAAAUGAUGGAAACUCGUUUUUCCGAUCAUGCAGUGACCAACUUGAAAGAUUAGAAAUGCCGUCCAUGGACCAUGCUGAACUAAGACAGAAGAUUGCUCAGCAAAUGAGAGGAAUUCCUACAGAUCACAUUUAUGAAGCACAUUUUACAAAUGAAGAAUGGAAGAUAUUUCUUAAGAAGAUUGCCGAAGACGGAGAACACAUUGAAGAUAUUGUUGUUGAACAAAUGGCAAUAAUAUUAAAAAAGAAAAUAGUCAUAUAUUCACUUUCAUAUGCCAAUGCAAUUAGUAAAAAGUCAAUUAAUGACGAGGCAUCCGGGACUCCUUUAUUACUUGGAAAGGAAAAAAGUUAUUACACAAGUCUUGAAAGAGGCCAGGGUACUUCGCCUGUCAAUCAGGAAAAACAAAAUACACCUCAAAAGAGACCAGCGAAAAAUGUUUAUUUUACUGGCGAUGCGCCACCUGAAAAACAACCUAAACAAGAAAAGGCAGCAGACAGGAAGCCGAAUGUGUCAUUUGGUGGAGAUGUAAAACCAGACAAGGACUCUGACAAAUCUGCCAUGUUUUCAGGCAAACCUAUUAAAACCUCUACACCAGUGAAGAUUCAGCAAGAGGGACCAUCAACUGAAGGAAUGCCAACUAAUACAAACACAAAACAAGUCACUAAACCAAUAAAGAAAAUAACAAAGGAUGAAAAGUUAUUGAUCCUACGCUGUUACCAUGCAUUAGAGGUGAAAGACUGGGAUAAACUGACUGAAAUGGUGUACAGUAAAAGACAAGAAAAACUGUCACGUGAAAUAGUUCAUCAUUAUGAACAAAAUUUAGAUCUGAAAACAACACUGAAGAACAGAAUAAAAGACUACAUAUUGAGAGUAAAAAAAGACAAAGGAGAACACGAGAAGGAUCCAGGAGUAAAGGCUCUAAUACAGCUGAUUUGAUUGCUCACUUAUAAAAUUACUUACACAUUAAAUAUGCAUUAAAUACGCCAUAUGUGUGCAUAUACACGCACAAUCUUCCGAAACAUUAUAUCCUGAUGAAUUUUCCGUACGAUGUUUAGUUUCAUUAUUGUUUUCAUUUCAUUGAUGUGCACUAUAUUGCAUUUUUAUAGAACUCCUGAUUUCGUCAAGUUUAAUAGUUAAGUUCAGUGUAUUUUUUAACAUUGUUUUGUUUUAUUAUAUGAUUCAUAGUUUCAAUUAGUCAUGAAAGUUCAUUUAAUUGCUCGCAUUUUUUGUAAUUUUAUAUGAUUCAUGUUUGUCAAGUCAUCAUUCUAGUUUAGUUCAUUGUUUCAAAUUUUGUAACUUUAUAUAAUUCAUGUUUGCCAUUUUAGUUUAAUUGAUUAGUUCCCAUUGUUUCAUUUUUUGAUAUCAUUCAUGUUUGUUAGUUCGUUAUUCAAGAUCAACCCACUUCUUCACAUUGCUGUGUAUGGUUAUAUAAUUCUUAAUAUCGAUAUGUAACACACAACAUAUUUAAUAAAGACAGUGUUUUUUA